CCGGCGGACUUGAGUCUUUCCUUUCCUGCCGAGCCAGCACCCUCAUAUACGUACCGGUACACGCUCCUCCCACUCCACGCAGCACACAGGACCCAUCCCCGAGCCACUCUCCGGUGCGUGCGGCGCGCGGGAUGGGAUCGAUCGUCCGUGAAUGGAUUCUAUUAUAGCUACUACUAGGGGCAGCGUCAGUGGAGUGGUGGCGCUCACGUAUUCAUUGCCGUCCGCGUCGGCUUGAAUCGCUGCCCGUUCCGCGCAGCAGCAGCCACCUAUACCGAUCGAGCUUCGCUCGUCCGGUCCGUCCUCCCGAUCGGAUCAGCGUCGUGCCGCUCGAUCGGCAAACGAAAGCAAGCAAGCGAUGGAGGCCGGGGCGUGGGCGGUGGUGGCGGCGGCCGUGGCGCUGUACAUGGCGUGGUUCUGGCGGAUGUCGCGCGGGCUCAGCGGGCCGCGGGUGUGGCCGCUGGCCGGCAGCCUCCCGGGCCUCGUGCAGCACGCCGAGGACAUGCACGAGUGGAUCGCCGCCAACCUUCGCCGCGCGGGGGGCACGUACCAGACCUGCAUCUUCGCCGUGCCCGGGGUGGCGCGCCGGGGCGGGCUGGUCACCGUGACGUGCGACCCGCGGAACCUGGAGCACGUCCUCAAGGCGCGCUUCGACAACUACCCCAAGGGCCCCUUCUGGCACGGCGUCUUCCGGGACCUGCUCGGCGACGGCAUCUUCAACUCCGACGGCGAGACGUGGGUGGCGCAGCGCAAGACGGCCGCGCUCGAGUUCACCACGCGCACGCUGCGCACCGCCAUGUCGCGCUGGGUGUCGCGAUCCAUCCACGCCCGCCUCCUCCCCAUCCUGGGCGACGCCGACGCCGACGUCGUCGUCGUCGACCUGCAGGACCUCCUGCUCCGCCUCACCUUCGACAACAUCUGCGGCCUCGCGUUCGGCAAGGACCCCGAGACGCUCGCCAGGGGCCUCCCCGAGAACGCCUUCGCCUCCGCGUUCGACCGCGCCACGGAGGCCACGCUCAACCGCUUCAUCUUCCCGGAGUGCGUGUGGCGCUUCAAGAAGUGGCUGGGCCUCGGCAUGGAGACCACGCUGGCGCGCAGCGUCCAGCACGUCGACCGGUACCUCUCGGCCGUCAUCGGCGCGCGCAAGCUCGAGCUCACCGGCGGCAAGCAGAACGACGCGUCGGCCACGCCGCACGACGACCUCCUCUCGCGCUUCAUGCGCAAGGGGACCUACUCCGACGAGUCGCUGCAGCACGUGGCGCUCAACUUCAUCCUCGCCGGCCGCGACACCUCCUCGGUGGCGCUCUCCUGGUUCUUCUGGCUCGUCUCCACGCACCCGGACGUGGAGCGCAAGGUCGUGCGCGAGCUGUGCGCCGUCCUGGCCGCGUCCCGCGGCGUCGAGGACCCGGCAUUGUGGCUCGCCGCGCCCUUCGACUUCGACGAGCUCGACCGCCUCGUCUACCUCAAGGCGGCGCUCUCGGAGACGCUCCGCCUGUACCCCUCGGUGCCCGAGGACUCCAAGCACGUCGUCGCCGACGACGUGCUCCCGGACGGCACGUUCGUCCCCGCGGGCUCGUCGGUCACCUACUCCAUCUACUCGGCGGGGCGCAUGAAGACGGUGUGGGGGGAGGACUGCCUCGAGUUCCGCCCCGAGCGGUGGCUGUCCGCCGACGGCACCAGGUUCGAGCCCCACGACUCGUACAGGUUCGUGGCGUUCAACGCCGGCCCGCGGAUAUGCCUGGGCAAGGACCUCGCGUACCUGCAGAUGAAGAACAUCGCCGGGAGCGUGCUCCUCCGCCACCGCCUCGCCGUCGCGCCGGGCCACCGCGUGGAGCAGAAGAUGUCGCUCACGCUGUUCAUGAAGCACGGGCUCCGGAUGGAGGUGCGCCCGCGCGACCUCGGCGCCGUCAUCGACGAGCUCCGCGGCGCCGGGGGGUACGACGCGGCGGCCAGAGCCACCGCGGCCUCUGCCUAGAGGUUCGUGCAGGUCGCCCGGGGAAGGAAACGGCGGCGGACAGUUGGGAACGGCAAAUGAAAAGUUAUGUAGAUAUAGACAGUAAGUAAUUAAAGAGUUCGGUGAGGUAUAUUACUCAAUUUGGAACAAAAAAAUGCAUGUGUAAAAAGUCCAUGUCAUUUUGAUUUGGAUUUGAAUGGAGGACGAAGAAAAGAGGGCUGGACUGCUGGGGGGAGCAAUAAUAAUAAUAAUCUCUCAUGUAACCUGACGCGGAGGCGCCAAAUUCGUUUGGGCGGCUUGAUGGGCCGCCAGGACUGAUGUUGUUUGUAAAACAAAACCCAAGCAUGACAUCAAUCAUUUGAUCAGUCUCAAA